AUGAGAAUAAGUCAGGGGAAGAAUGGUGAGUUUGAUUCAAAAUAAGUGAUAAAUUUAUACAUAAAAAUAUCCAGUUUGUUUUUUAGUAAACAAAGAUAUUUGAAAAUAAAUAAUAUUAUUUAAUCAGAGCUUUAGGUUUAGGCAAAGAUGGGGUUCACUGGUAUGUAUAUUUCAUAUACUCAAAGGGAAAAUAACUCAAGGUUUAGUCUUGCAUCCUGACAAUGAGGUAUGGUAUAAGGUAAUAGUCCAAAACAUAUUCUUUAUCCAUUAAAUUCUACUAUAGUAGAUAGACAUAUAAUUACAAGACAAUAAACAUUUUUAUGUUACAGAUAUCAUAUAUCAAAAUAGGGGACACGACAGUUCGAUCUCUGUAAUAAUAGCUUCUAGAACUGGAGAUUAUGUAGCAUCUAGGUAGAAAACUUAUAUGGGGUUCUGA